AUGUGGAAACAGCCACAAGAAGACGAAAAAUCGAGACAAACAAGACCAAAUGAUGAAAGAAACUUAUCAUUUUUAGGACGUCACCGAUUGGCACCCCUGGUAACACAAAACUCCCAACUUGGGGGAGAAAAAUCAGCAUCUAUUAGUAGUACGCGUGCGCACGAAUCAUCUACGAUUUAUAAAAACAAACAACGGUCGCUUUUCGUCCUCUUGCACGUUUUCUGCAAGAAUUGUGUUUUUGUUGCCAUGGCGACGGUCAAACAGGUCGGUGACUACAAAUUGGGGGCCCUCAUCAUCGAGGGCAAGACCAAGCAAGUGUACGAGUUGCCGGGAUCCCCCGAUUUGUGCCUUUUGCUGAAUAAGGACCGGAUCACGGCAGGCGAUGGCGUCAAAGCGCACGAUCUGGCGGGAAAGGCGGCAAUUUCGAAUAAGACAAAUGGAAAAGUUUUCGAAAUUUUAAAUUCAGUCGGGGUGAAAACUUCGUUCGUUAAAGCCGCCUCUGAUGUGGCUUUUAUUUCGAAAAAGUGUGAGAUGAUCCCCAUUGAGUGGGUGACAAGGCGUCUGGCGACUGGUUCCUUCCUGAAGCGGAAUCCGGGGGUUCCCGAGGGAUACAGGUUUUUCCCCCCGAAACACGAGACUUUUUUCAAAGAUGACGCAAACCACGACCCCCAAUGGUCCAGCGAGCAGAUUAUCUCGGCGAAGUUCAAGGUCAAUGGCUUGGAGAUUGGGCCCACUGAGGUUGAUAUCAUGACGCGGAUGUCGAUUUUGGUUUUUGAAAUUUUGGAAAAAGUCUGGGCGUCUAGAAAUUGCGCUCUUAUCGAUAUGAAAAUAGAAUUCGGUGUCGACAAAUCAGGGGAAAUCCUCGUGGCCGACGUCAUCGACUCGGACAGCUGGCGGCUGUGGCCCUCCGGGGACAAGCGCCUCAUGGUCGACAAGCAAGUCUACCGUAACCUCACCACCGUCACCUCCUCCGACCUGGACACCGUCAAGCGCAACUUCGAGUGGAUCGUCGACCAGCUGGACCACCUCGCCCCGCCCAACGACCACCUGGUGGUCAUCCUCAUGGGCAGCCCCUCGGACGCCGACCACUGCAAAACCAUCCAGAAACACUGCGAAAAACUCGGUCUCAACACCGAACUGCGCGUCACCUCGGCACACAAAGGCACAGAAGAAACGAUCAAAAUUAUCAGAUAUUACGAGUCUCUCCCUCUGAAGGUCGUUUUUAUCGCAGUGGCGGGCCGGUCCAACGGCUUGGGACCAGUGGUUUCGGGGAAUUCCCCGUUCCCGGUCAUUAACUGUCCCCCACUUAAGGCCGAAAAUGUGGACAGGGACGUGUGGUCCAGCUUGAAUGUGCCCUCGGGGCUGGGGUGCAGUACGGUCCUGUAUCCCGAAGCUGCCGCCUUAAGUGCGGCCAAUAUUAUCGGGCUGGGAAAUUAUGUGGUCUGGAGUAGGCUGAGAGUGAGACAGUUGGAUAAUUAUGUCACUCUGGCCAAGGCUGAUAAGGGGGUGAAGAAUAAUUGAACAAAUGCCAUUUUUUA